GUGAGCGAGAGGCGUGGGCUGGAAGCCGGGUCUGACAGGAGCCAGGAAGCGAAACAGACAGUAAGAGGGACUGGGUUGAAGGAAAUGAGCUCAUCAGGGAAGAGAAGAGGAAGGCCAAACAGAGGGGGAGGAAGAGGAGGAAAAGGAAGGGGAGGACGAGGAGGUGGUGGCGGCGGCAGUGGAAGACCUAGCAAACAUCAAAGCAGCGGUAGCAAAAAAGGCUCAGACAAAAUUUGGGAUGAUGACGACGAUUUCUGUGUUUUCAGUGAAGCAAGAGAUGAACCAAGCUCUGCAAACAGAGGACAUGGACAGACCAGGCAUGUUUCGAAGACCAAGAUGCCACUGCAGACUCUGCACAUGACAUCAGAGAAUCAGAAGAGGGUGAAAGAGCUCCUCCUCCAACUUCAAGGACAAGAUCUGUCUGAUGGUCCAGAGAUGCCUGUGUUGGGUGAAGAUGAUGAACCAGAUUUCUUGGAUGAGGAGCAGUACUGGUCACAGAGUCAAGCAGUUUCUAAAACAGGGUCAAGUGCUUCUCAGGCACCUGUCAAUCAUAUUCCAGAGACAGAGGUGUCUUCAUUUGCGGUACAAAAACUUUCUAGGUAUGGCUUUGACAGUGAACGUUGUCGAGAGGUCCUGAAAUCCUACCACGGUAACAUCGGAGCAUCGCUGGAGGACUUACUGAUGCAAUGUUUCUCUGAAAAAUUUGCAGAGAAAAUGUCUGACAUAGAAAGCGCUGCUCAUGCGGACACUGAAGACUGUUUGGAACAAAGGCGUGAAGAGGCUUUUGCCCUACAUUCCAUCUAUGGAGACAAAUUUGUGGAAAGGAUUCAAAAUCGGGUUUGGGCUGUUACGUUAGACUCGGCGUACCUUACAGAGAUAAUUAACAAAUGCAAACAAGGGGCUAGCAGCACCAGCAAUGGGCCACAGCCAGCUUCCCUAGAAAUCUGUAAACACUACCUCAGAGGAGAUUGCAGGUUUGGCUCAAGAUGUCGAUUCAAGCAUGAUGCUCAAAACAAGCAGAAGACACUUCCAAAAGACGAUGCACAUCUCAGAUUCAACAGUGACAACGCUCCUGUGUAUGAACUGGAAGUGAGAUUUCCCGAGGAUAACAAAUACCCAUAUGAGCCACCUCUUGUGGCAUUUUAUUCCACUAAUGAGAGCCUGCCCUUGGCUUGUCGGCUUCACAUUGCUGAAUAUCUUUACGAAAAGGCCUUAAUAUCCUCUGAAUCCAAUGAACCAGUUGUUUACGCUUUUAUAACGUGUUUAGAGGAUGAAACUGAAGUAACAAAAUUGCUUAGUAAGACAUCCCACAAAUUCAGUGUUCCUCCUUUAUCUCUUAUGAUGCCUCUGGCAAGAACACCCACAGAUGCUGAUAAGCAAAGUCUUCCUAAUUGUUCAUACAUUCCAUGUCAGACUUUGGAAGCAACAAAGGAGUUGGUGACUGAAGAGGAGGAAGAUGAUGAUGAUGAUGAACUACAGACAGUUCAUGUAGAGGCAGAGAGCUAUGUUAACCUCAAAAAGAAGCUUUUGAAAAAGUAUGCCACCCCAACAAAGCCCAUGUCCAGAGAAAAUCUAAAAAUCUGCAAACAGUUCAGCAUAAAGAAGUCUUCUAGGCACUACCAGGCCUUGUUACAAGAACGACAGAAACUCCCUGCCUGGGAAAAGAGAGAAACCAUUCUGCGUUUGCUGAACCAACAUCAGGUUCUUGUUGUGAGUGGCAUGACUGGAUGUGGAAAGACCACUCAGAUUCCUCAGUUUAUCUUGGACUCCUCCCUAGAAGGUCCUCCCAGUCAGUUAGCCAACAUCAUCUGCACCCAGCCGCGCAGGAUCUCGGCCAUUUCUGUGGCUGAACGAGUAGCCAAGGAACGUACUGAAAGAGUUGGGGUCACAGUUGGAUACCAAAUCCGGCUGGAAAGUGUCAUGUCUUCAGCAACACGGUUGUUGUACUGUACCACUGGGGUGCUUCUGCGAAGACUAGAAGGGGACUUAAAUCUACAAGGAUUCACUCAUGUUAUUAUUGAUGAAGUUCACGAGAGAACAGAAGAAAGUGACUUCUUGCUGCUGAUUUUGAAGGACAUCAUGAUUCAGAGGCCAGACCUACGAAUUAUACUGAUGAGUGCUACUCUGAAUGCAGAACUCUUUUCUCAGUACUUUAACUCCUGUCCAGUUGUAAACAUACCAGGUAGGACGUUCCCUGUUGAUCAGUUUUUUCUAGAAGAUGCAAUUGCAGUGACUCGGUAUGUCUUGGAACAUGGCAGUCCAUACAUGCGGAGUACGAAGCAAGGUCCUGGUAAGAAGGCAAGGCACUUGAGGACAGCUGCAGAGGAAGUAGAGGAGGACCUGAGGCAUGCUGGCUUGGUGCAAAGUACAGCAGUCACAGCUAAAGAUUCUGUCCCAGACCAACAACUAACGGUCCAGCAGUUGAUGGUCCGCUACAAAGGCAUUAGCACAUCAGUAUUAAAAACAAUGGCAACCAUGGAUUUAGACAAAGUUAAUCUUGAAUUAAUUGAGGCCUUACUAGAGUGGAUUGUCAGUGGCAAACAUUCAUAUCCGCCAGGUGCAGUACUGGUAUUUUUACCAGGCCUGGCAGAAAUUAAAACAUUAUAUAAGCAAUUGCAGUCUAAUGCACUCUUCAAUAACCGGCAUAGCAAACGUUGUGUUGUUUAUCCGCUCCAUUCUUCGCUCUCCAGUGCAGAACAGCAGGCCGUUUUCCUUAAGCCUCCUGUGGGAGUUGUCAAGAUCAUCAUAUCUACAAAUAUUGCAGAAACAUCCAUUACCAUUGAUGAUGUAGUCUAUGUAAUUGAUUCAGGGAAGAUGAAAGAAAAGAGGUAUGAUCCAAGCAAAGGCAUGGAAAGCCUGGAAGAUAUGUUUGUGUCCAAAGCCAAUGCCUUGCAAAGGAAAGGCCGAGCAGGUCGUGUAGCCUCUGGCGUCUGCUUUCAUCUCUUCAGUAGCCAUCAUUAUAAUCACCACCUUUUAAAGCAGCAGUUACCUGAAAUACAAAGAGUGCCUUUGGAGCAACUCUGUCUCCGGAUUAAGAUUCUGGAAAUGUUCUCCUCGUAUAGUCUUCAUUCAGUUUUAUCCCGAUUGAUUGAGCCGCCGACAUCCGAGUCUCUGCGUGCAUCCAAAGUGCGGCUGCAGGAUGUUGGCGCCUUGACAUCCGACGAGAAGCUCACUCCCUUGGGAUAUCACUUGGCCUCCUUGCCUGUCGAUGUGGGGAUUGGGAAGCUAAUGCUGUUUGGCACCAUCUUUCGCUGCCUGGAUCCUGCACUGACCAUAGCAGCCAGCAGAGCCUACAAGUCUCCUUUUGUUUCUCCGUGGGACAAAAGAGAGGAAGCAUUCAAGAAAAAACUGGAGUUUGCAAUAGGAAACAGUGAUUACCUGGCUCUUCUCCAAGCUUAUAAGGGAUGGCGGCUGUCUUCAAAAGAGAGCUCCCAAGCAGCUUACAGCUUUUGCAGAGAAAACUUCCUGUCAGAAAAUGUUCUUCAGGAAAUGGCCAGUUUAAAAAGGCAAUUCACCGAACUCCUGUCUGAUAUUGGGUUUGUGAAAGAGGGACUCAGAGCCCGGGAUAUCGAGAGGUGGUGGUCUCAAGGAGGGGAUGGCAUUCUUGAAGCUACAGGAGAAGAGGCGAAUGCAAAUGCAGAGAAUGUGAAGUUGAUAUCAGCCAUGCUAUGUGCUGCUCUGUAUCCCAAUGUAGUUCAGGUGAAAGUGCCAGAAGGGAAGUAUCAGAAGACCAGUACAGGAGCUGUGAAAAUGAACCCAAAACCUGGGGAGCUGAAGUUCGUUACCAAAAAGGAAGGCUAUGUUUACAUCCAUCCAUCCUCUGUAAACUACCAGACCAGGCACUUUGAUAGCCCCUACUUGGUGUAUCACGAGAUGAUAAAAACCAGCCGGGUGUUCAUUCGUGACUGCAGCAUGGUGUCCGUGUACCCCCUGAUCUUGUUUGGAGGAGGUCAUGUGAAUGUGCAGCUCCAAAAGGGAGCAUUUGUUGUUUCCCUAGAUGACGGGUGGAUUCGUUUUGUGGCAGCCUCACACCAGGUGGCAGAACUUGUGAAAGAACUUCGCGGUGAACUUGACCAGCUUCUCCAGGAUAAAGUCAAGAACCCCAGCAUGGACCUGUGUACUUGCCCCCGAGGGUCUCGUAUUAUUAGCAUGAUUGUUAAACUUGUGACAACCCAGUAGUAUGGCUGUACUGAUUUCAUUUAAAGGGACCUCAGCAGAAUUACAAAAAUUAUGGCUGAAACAACAUAUCUGAUGCUUGUCAGCACAGCACUAGAAAUUUGUAGGCUUUUGAUGUAAAGCCUAAAGAUAAUUAAAGGGACAGUUUUAAAAGAACUUCAGUUGGAGUUGUGGAAAUAGAGAAAGUGCUUUUAGAACCAUGAUAGCAAUGGAUAAAUUCACACAGCAGAAACUGAGAAUUUGUAUGAAAAAUAUUUUAUUUCCACAAGGACCCCUCUGUGUAGUAAGGUCGAAGGGAUACUAGAACAUUCACUUUGAAGAGCAUUUCAACUGAGAUACAAAAAAUGAUUUUGAUCAGUCCUUGUGCAUUUUUUCGCUAUUUAUAUCCUAUAAUGAAUGAACAACAACAUGUCCUAUAAAGAAUUAACUUUCUCUGACAGAAUCUGGAGUGAAGGCACACUAUAACACAAUCAGUUUAAUCUUGCCCUCCUUUAAAAAGCAGGGUACAAUGUUUACAACAGCAAGUGUCUGUUUAUUUUUCUAAAUGCUAAAAGGAAUCGCUUUGUUUCAGCAAACUUAAUCCUGUCCCCACCUGAUCAAAUUCAAAUAUGAAUUGGAUACUGCCAAAUUCAAAUACGAAUUGGAUACUCUUCGUUGGCUAUUGCCUCUAGCACAAAGUUGUAUAUAAAUUGAAAUGUGUGUGUAGUCUGGGCUCUAAUUACAACUUGUUAAAGCAAAAGUGUUUUAUUAUCCUUCUUAAAGGAUAAUAAAGAAGGUUCUUCUUCCCUCACUCGUUUAAACUAUACUUAGCUACCCUAGGGACAUGUAGUUGUUUCCAUAGGAAUGAAGUGGAGCGGUCUUUGCCAAUGUGAGCUAAAUGCUAAUGCUACUACAUCCAUGUUGGAGCACUGCUGGCUUCCAAGCCCGCAAAACCUUACAUAGAGAGUUAUGUACAAGGAGGUUGUGUUUUUUUUAAAAAAUACAGACUGUUAUACCCUAUGGAGUUAGUUGAUCAGCAUGGCAGCUUUUUAUAAACAAGCACAAUCCACUUGCAUAGUUCAAACCUGCCAAAAUUAAGGGCAUGCCUUAUGAGUAUUGUCAGUCCUUUGACAGAUGUUCCCAGUGUGCAGUAUUUAAAGAUUUUUCUUAAAAAAUUAGUAAUUGGGGGGGUGGAAUGCAUAAUCACUGUUUUGGUCUAGCAACAAAUUGCAUUGAGGAAGUACUGUAUUUCACCUUGAGAGCUCACUAGUGACAGGUAAAAUUUAUUAAUAAAAUGAUAUGUUCAUUAAA